GCAGCACUUUGUAAACUGCAUCCCUGUGUUGGGGGGUUGGGGAGGGGGCUGCCUGCAGCAGCUCCCGAGGCCCAGCAGUGGAUCUGUGGUGGAGAGAUGGAAGAUAGGAGGGCCAGGGAAGGGAGGGAACUGGGGCUGCCAGUGGGCACACCCCCAACACCCCUCCCAGAAAGUUUCAAAGGCCCAGCCCAGAAAUUGGGCCUCUGCUGCCCUCUAAUGGAGGAAAGGCGGCCUCGGGAGCCCCCUGCUGCCACCCCACCAGCCUGGCUGCCCUAAGGAAUAGGGGAGGUGAAGACCCUGCCGGCCCAGACUUUUUAUUCCUGUAGAGUCUUGAGCUUCAUUUCCCGCAGCCUCUAAGCUAAACCCUCUCUCCUUCCAAGCUGCUCUGGCUUCCCUGCUUCCCGAGCACCCUCCAUCCCACCAUUUCUUCCGUUUCCUCUGUUGCCUGGGUUGCGAUUCUCGCACCCUGAUUCCUGGCUCUGCCAGGGUUCUGGUUCCGGAAGGCCCUUACCAGGUGCCUCCGGCCUAGCUCCCACCUGGGCCCAAGGCGGCGCGGAGGACAUGGGCAAGAACGUCUCCCCACUGGGGCAUCUGAACAUCCGCAAGAGUGUACUGGGCUUGACCAUAGGCGCCGGGGCCGUCUACCUGCUCUACAAGGCCAUCAGGACUGGCAUGAAAUGCCAACAGCCCCUCUCUACCUCCUCGCCCACCUGCAUCGCCCGUGAGUGUCUGGGCCCUGGGGGCAGGACUUGGCUCCAGGAGGACCUGCUCCCCAAGGCCUCCAGUGUGGGAGGGCCCACAGGCCUGGCCAUCGAGCGAGAGCGGCACGGGGGGGACUCAGGUGAGCUCCGGAGGCUUCUCAACUCUUUGGAGAACAGACACGAUGAGUACACCAAGGGCAUGAUCCUGCACAACAUCACGCGCUGUGUGUACUUGCUGGAGGCUGAGGCCGCUGCCUGUACUCCUGAUGACAUCAUGCUCGUGGGCUCCAUGCUAGAUGACAAGGACAACAGUGUCAAAAUCCAAGCUCUGAACACGCUGAAGGCUUUCUCUGGCAUCAGAAAAUUCAGGCUCAAAAUUCAGGAACACUUCAUCAAGGUCCUGGAGCUGAUAGCCACCAUCUGGGACUCGGAGCUGCACAUCGCUGGCCUCAGGCUCCUCAACAACCUUCCACUGCCUGACUUCGUGCACCCGCAGCUGCGACGGGUGAUGCCUGCCUUGAUGGAGAUUCUUCAGUCAGACUAUCACCUGGCACAGGUGCAAGCCAUACGACUGCUGAGCCACCUGGCACAGAAGAAUGACCUUCUCUAUGAUAUUCUCAACUGCCAGGUGCACACCAACUUUCUGAACCUGUUCCAGGUCAAACAACCAGGGAGUCUGCUGUUCGAGGUACUGGUGUUUGCCGAGCGGCUGAGUGAGGGCCGGAAUACGCCACACUACCGUGCCGUGAAAUGGCAUUACAACGAACAGUCUCUGCAUGAAGCUCUCUUUGGGGAAAAGUCACGACUGGCAGACCGGCUGCUCGCGCUGGUCAUCCACCCGGAGGAGGAGGUUCAGAUCCAGGCCUGCAAGGUCAUAGUCAGCCUGCAGUGCCCCCAGGACAUAAGAGGGCGGUCCUCUUCCUGCAUGACUGGUCAUCCCUGCUUUAAUAGUGGGGAAUAAAAGUAAGGAGAGCCAAUAAAUGAGUAUGGGAGAGA